AUGGAAGAACCUAAAGAUAAUUACAAGCAAAAGUUUGAAAUAUUAAACAAAUUGUACAAAAAUUUAGAACACACCUGUAUAGAAACGCAAACUAAAAUUGAAUAUAUGAAUAAAAAGAAAGACACUCUAAAAAAGAAAAUAGAUUUUUUAAAAUUGCAGUUAAAUAAAUUAAAUGACAUUUAUGAUGAUUAUCCACAAUAAUGA